AUGCCGCUGCUCGAGGUGAUGCACUCUCGACCGGCCGUGCCGGUGCUGCUGUGCGCGGGCCUGGCUCUGGGCGCGCUCUCCGUGCGGCUGGCGCUGCCCGUCCACUAUCACCCGCAGUACGACAAGGCCUACCUGCGCCACCUGCACAUCAGGAGCGCCGGCCAGCUGCCGAGCGUGGCGCAUCGGCACGAGGUGCUGAUGGGCGUGUCCGACCCGAGCUGCGACGACGGCCGCACCAACCUCACCCGCGACUGGGAGGAGGGCGCGCGGCCCUACGUCUGCCCGGCCGAGCAGCGGCUGUCGGUAGUGCCACCUAUCCCGGGCCGCGUCGACUGCCAGCGCCGCCUGCCGGACGACAUUCCCCUGGCGCACGUCUGCAUGAACGCCAGCAUCGAGUACGGUGCGGGCGUGCCGACGUACGGCCACCACCGGCCGCUCUGGCCCGUGUACGGCUCGUAUCGGUACCUGCCGCCGCAGCGCUGGCUGCACAGCGUCGAGCACGGCGCGGUCGUGCUGCUGCAUCACCCAUGUGUGGAGCCGAACCAGCUGCGCCAGCUGCGCUCGCUGGUGCUGCGCUGCAUCUUCAAGCAUGUGGUCACGCCGUCGCUCCGCGUCGACCGGCAGCGGCCGCUCGUGCUCAUCGCGCACGGCUGCGCCUUCCAGAUGGCGCGUGUCAGCACCGAGCUGGUGGUGGCGUUCAUUCGCGCGCGCGCGCUGCACGGCAAGGAGGGCCGCCUGGCCAAGCAGGGCCAGUUCCAGGACCAGCUGCUACGCGCGGCGGCGGCCCCGCCCGGCUCGGACGUCACCGACUCGGUGCUCUGUCCGUUCUACCCGAACCCCACGGCAUCAGACAGUCUGUUCGCGGAGUGACGAGUGCGGCUGCGGCAGGGAGGAAGCAUGGUUCGCUGGUAACUGGGUGCCAGCCAGACAGUAGGUGUAUUCAUUGUUACGUAUGCAGCGGUCAUCAUUUUGCUUCAGACAUCUGUUGCCAGCGAUGCGCUUGAAACGCAUCACAACGUAAGGAGACGGUGUAGGGCUGAGCUAAGUUAUAAUAGCACCAGCGUGUGCUGCCCCUUUUGUGUACGCGAAAGAAUCAACGAGUAUAGGUCCCUAUGCAAUGGGACCGACUCGUAUGGGUGUACCAGUUAGUAAUGAUGCACCAGUCAGUGUAGUUGUACCAGUCUGUUAACGUAUGCUAGUUACUAUAAGUGCACCGGUCAGUAUAGGUGUGCCAGUAUAGGUGUACCGGUUUGGGUGUACCAGCUAGUAUAGAUGCACCAGUUAGUGUUGAUGCACUAGUUAGCGUAUGUGUAGCAGUCGGUGUAGGUGUUUGCAUGCAAUUUCUCCAUAACGGCCAUUGCAUUUUAUGACAGGCUUGUUCACAAUCUGUCGCACAAAAGUAACUUGCGGAGAAGAUAUUAUUGAAUAAAACAC